CACGCGGGCCAGUUCAUUCACUUCAACCAGCUGUCGGACUUUAUUGCCUCGCUCGACCCACCGCUCGGGAUACCGAAACCGAACUCGGUGGCCCUGGUGUCAUUCAAUCUGCCCAUCUCGAAGGGCAACAAGAUCCACUGUCUCGACAUCCUGCACGCGCUGGUGAAGCACGUGCUGGGCCACGUGGAGGAGACCGACAACUUCAAGCAACUGCAGGACCAGAUGGACCAAAAGUUCAAGAAGCAGUUCCCGACGCGCAAGGAGCUGGAGAUCGUGUCGUCCACGCGCAUCUGGAAGCGCCAGGAGAAGGCGGCCAAAACCAUUCAGACGUCGUGGCGCGAGUAUUUGAGGUUAAAGCGCGAACGCGAGCGAUCGCCGAUGUCGCUGGACGAGGAAAACACUCAGAAUUCCAGCCCCGGCGGAUGGCAGAGCAAACUGUCGGCCCUGAACUUCCUGCACCUGCAGGUGCACCGUCGUGGAACGGCCACCUCCAGUCGCGCCUCGUCACGCAAAUCGUCCCGAGCUUCGGAUGCGUCGGACCUGAGUGAACUGGCUGGGCCGUGGCUAAACCUGCCGCUCAUGCUGGUGUCCGGUACGAGCGACAUGGUGAAGGACGUGAAGCAGCAGCACGCCAACGGGGUCGAGUUGAAGGACACCACACCGGACAUCAAGGGCCAGGGCCGGCGCAAGUCGUUCUACAACUUCCCGUUCUUCCUGCGCCAUCAGGAUGCGGUCGAAGAAUCGGCCACGGCAUCACCGCAACCGGUCAAACGGCCGCUCAAGGACAGCGAGACGAACCUAUCGCUCAACGGGUCGGUGGACAGUGCCCCGGCACCGGUGCCGCCCCCUGUCACACCCAAGUCCAAGCGGGCCACCAGCUUCGUGAAGAAGAAACCUCCGCUGGAGCGAGGCUUCUCCGCCCAAAGUGCGCUCCGGUUGAAUCGCAACGCGGUCGUGCCCGACGACACACUGUCCACGUCGAACGCGGAUGUCAGCAUUCUGGUCACGGAGCCCUCGCCCGAUAUUCCGCCGGGCACGGCACCGGGCGAGACCCUUGUCCACGUGCUGGUGCACCGCGAAAGCGAAGAGUAUCAGUCGGAGCUGGAUGACAAAGGUGGCCUUGAGGGGGAUCCGCGCCCCGUCGUGACGAUCUGCGUCGAAAGCCCGCUGGAGUCGCCGGAGCAGGACAUCGGGGCAGCCGCCGAAAAGCCACCGCCGCCGCCGGAGCACUCGGUAGCCAUCCCGAUCGAUCCGGAACCGAUCGACGUGAAUCUGCCGCGCGAUACGAGCAACAUCUUUUACGACUACGAUGACGACACCCCGGAGGCGUGCCGCGCGGAGAAGUCCGGAGCGGAGAGCACGGCAGCAGCAGCAGUCGUUGAGGUGCCGAUUGAUUUGGACAAGAUCGAGUACGUGGCCUCAACGGAGUCGGCAGCGCCGGGCCACCAAGAAGAUGCUCAGCAGUCUUGCGAAACCACGCGACAGGCUUCGAGCUGA